AUGUUUAGAGUCAAAGGCUCAGCUGAAGUGAAGCCCAGGUAGGUCACGGUGGAGUAUUUCUUUAGUUACAGAGAAACAGCUCUGCCUCAUGAAUCACAUUUCCUGACGCGACGUUUGAACUUUGAACCGUUGGCACGCGUUGCCAUUCGCCAGAGGAGAGCAAUGACCGAGCACCUGCUGAAAAUACUGAUCGUUGGCGAUGGAAAUGUCGGGAAAUCCUCCUUCGUGCAUCGUUUCGUCAAUGGGCAGUUCAACAAGACGUACAAGAUGACGGUGGGAGUGGAUUUUUCCGUGAAGGUGCUGCAGUGGUCGGAUAAGGAAAAGGUCAGGCUGCAGCUGUGGGACAUCGCAGGCCAGGAGCGUUUCAUUUCCAUGACCAGGAUCUAUUAUAAAGGCGCGCUGGGCUGCGUUGUGAUGUUUGACGUCUCCAGCUCGUCCAGCUUCCUCAGCUGUCGCCAUUGGAAACAGGACCUGGACAACAAGGCCAUGCUGCCUAACGGAGAGUCCAUCCCCUGCAUCCUGCUGGCCAACAAGUGUGACCUGGCUAAGCGGGCCGUGUCAGCAGAGAGCAUCGACAGGUUCAGCAAGGCCAACGGCUUCGUUGCGUGGAUGGAGACGUCGGUCAAAGACAACAAGAACAUCGGAGAGGCGAUGAGGAGGUUGGUGCAGGAGAUUUUGUCGGUCCGGUCCGGACUGGAGCUCCAACCCAGACGUCAGGACGGCGUUUACCCUCAGCUGGACUCAGAGAGCAGCGGCGGAGACGGAAGCUGCUGCUGAGGGGCCGCCUUCGUCAGUCAGCCGAGACCCGCUCAUUAUCUGACUGAGGAGCCACUUCACCCUCAAAUAAUGAGGCUGUUCGCUAACAGAAGAGGCACCACGAGGCUGCCGGUACAGACGUUCUCUAAUGAGGUCUGCAAUUUGAUCUACGAAUAGAAAUACUUAGAGUGGAUGAUACUCCACCACCAGUUUUAAAGUCACAAAGCCUCCAUCAGGGUUUCUAAGCUUCUUUUCUGGCCCUUUAACCACAGUUUCAGGACCCAACAAUCUAAUAAUCACAGAAACUUACUGUAUGAGUAAGACUAUUCUAAUCAUUCAUCAAUAAAUCAGUGUUCAGCUGCCCCACAUCAGGUCCCAGCUCCAGGGUUUAGGACGUCAGAGACCUUCUAUCCUCGUGAUUUGUUGUGUUUAGCAUUUUACGGACUUUCUGUUUGAGGAAACGUCAUUUCGGUCAGUAUUUCUUCAGCAGAUGUGACCAGAAGAAGGAGGGGGUGUUCUGCAUGUGCGUCACAUUCAGAAACUCAACCAGCAUGGAUGUGAAGUCCACCAGAAGAAAACUGAUCUCUGUGCAGUGUUGACCUAAACCUCACGGACAUCGGUCCCUACAGUCCUCUGCAGGCCGACUGGCCGCCGUCGUUCAGGUGAUAGAGAGAGGCAGACAGUGAGGACGAGGAGGAGAGAGAGAGACAUGAGGAAAGCAGAAGGAGCAGAGGGGAGGUGUGUGUGUGUGUGUGUGUGUGUGUGUGUGUGUGUGCAAGCUUAUUAAAUGGGACGCCUGUUGGUGUGGAGCGUGCUCAGUGCAGCCGCCGAGCCUCCUCCUCCGACAGGCUGAGUCAGCCGGACACAUGGCGUCCCCGUGCUAACAACAAGGGCUGAGUGUGUGUGUGUGUGUGUGCAUGUACAGUGUGCUGUGUUUCUGUGUGUGUGUGUGAUGAAGGCACAUGGAUGUGCAUGUGCCCCGGACACGUCAGCAGCUCACACACAUCCUGUCGACAGGAUGUGUGUGAGCUGCUGAUUUCUCAACAUGAGACCGCGGCACCGUCUUUAUUAAUGUCAGAGCUGCAUCCACUGCUCACAUAAUCACUGCGACUCUGAACUGAAGCAACAGGACAGACAGCAGAAGAACUGAAGAUGAUCUGUGAUCCUGAUUUCACACUCAAGUUGAGAAACGUUGAACUCGUGCAGACUCCUUUGCCUCAGUUUGCAUCCGCUCAGUUCAGCACCUCUAAGACUCACUUUGUUCCUGGAGACAUGCGUCCUGACUGUUCCGCUCGUUGAAAUCCAAAGAGCCGCUCAGAGCAGAGUGUAAACUAGUACAUUUCACAUGAGUCUGCCUGUUGGAUCAUAAGAUAUUUUGGGUUUAACCCUGUAAAGUCCAAACCAUUAAAUAAUUGACAGAAAAUUCCAGUUCUUUGAAGCUGGAGCCUUUAUUGGUCCUUCUGAACACUUUUUUUUUUUUAAAUAUUAAUUUCCAUAUAUGAGUUUCAGUUUGUAUCAUCUUUGAUACAUUGGGUAAGAACGCUCAAAGAUUCUUUUUUCUUCAACAAAUAAAAACAUAAUAAAACACAAACCAAUCCAACAAAUUAGUCAUCAUCAUCAUCAUCAUCAUCAUCAUCAUCAUCUUCCCCUAGCUGCUCCAUGUCACUUGAGUUCCCCUCCAUAAUCCUGUUCAGAGCAUCUUCAUCACUGUAUUUCUUUACCAUCUAAAAACACACAUGCACACAAAAAACAGAUUAUAGUGUAUUUUUUCUUUGAAUUGGUCAGUUUUUAGUAAAAAUCAGUAAAAAGUUAGUCGUAAUCGCACCAUCCCAAUUCCCAACUAGUCAUCAAUCAUCAUGAUGCAGCAAGUUUUUUGCUCUAA